CUCCCGCCCCCGACGGCCCGGAGCGCGGAUGGAGACGGUCCAGGAGCUGAUUCCUCUGGCCAGGGAGAUGGUGGCCCAGAGGCCCACGGGGAAGCUGGUGAAGCUGUACGUGCUGGGCAGCGUGCUGGUCCUCUUCGGCGUGGUGCUCGGCCUGGUGGAGACCGUGUGCAGCCCCUUCACGGCCGCCAGCCGGCUGCGGGACGAGGAGGCCGCCGUGGCCGAGCUGCAGGCCGCCCGGCGGCGCCAGGCCCUCGGGACGCGAGCCCCGCCGGAGAAGCGCAAGCAGCGGGAGGCCGUCCCCGGCGCCCGAGACCCGUCCCUCCGGGCCCCCGCCUCCUAGACUGCGAAGGGCGGGGAGCGCGCAAGCCAGACCAAGCGGGAGAGCGGAGCCGUGAGCUGUGAGCUGCUGGGACUUCAUGUGCAGAAGCCGCUGACACCGAGAACUGACCGACGGCACGGAUCCACCAGAAGGACUUUGGGACUGGGUUUUGCUGCUGUGCAGCACGGCAUUGUGAUGACAUGUCCAAAACUGUGUAUCUUUAAGCUAUCUAAGUGCAUCUACCAUUUUGUCCUAGGGAGGAAGAAGGAAAAAUGCUUUUUAUAUUAUUAUUAUUAUUAUGGCCACCAUUUUGCAUUUUUAAAU